AGGGUGGGGGGGAGGGGGCUGCCAAGAUGGCGUCGUCCUCCGGGUCGUCGACGCUCGGGACUACCUCCUUGGAGUUGGGGAGCAGUAGCUGCUCCUCCAGUUUAGUACAAUCAUCAUUCAAAAAAUCUUUGACCACUUCCUCUGAGGUAUCUGGCUCCUCUGGUCCAGUCAAGAAAAUAGGACAUAGAAGUGUUGAUCCCUCUGGGGAAACAACAUAUAAAAAGACAACCUCAUCAGCCUUGAAAGGUGCCAUUCAGUUAGGCAUUACCCAUACCGUUGGCAGUCUUAGCACCAAACCAGAGCGGGAUGUCCUCAUGCAAGACUUCUAUGUAGUGGAGAGUAUCUUCUUCCCCAGUGAAGGGAGCAACCUGACCCCUGGCCAUCAUUAUAAUGACUUCCGUUUUAAGACUUAUGCCCCUGUUGCUUUCCGAUACUUCCGAGAGUUAUUCGGAAUACGGCCUGAUGACUACCUGUAUUCCCUAUGUAGUGAGCCACUAAUUGAGCUCUGCAACUCUGGAGCCAGUGGCUCCAUCUUCUACGUGUCCAGUGAUGACGAAUUUAUCAUCAAGACUGUCCAGCACAAAGAGGCCGAGUUCUUGCAGAAGUUGCUGCCAGGAUACUACAUGAACCUGAAUCAGAAUCCACGGACUCUGUUACCCAAAUUCUACGGGCUGUACUGUGUACAGGCAGGUGGCAAGAACAUUCGAAUUGUGGUGAUGAACAACCUACUUCCACGCUCAGUCAAAAUGCAUGUCAAGUAUGACCUCAAGGGCUCAACCUACAAACGACGGGCUUCACAGAAAGAGCGAGAAAAAGUGUUCCCCACCUACAAAGACCUAGACUUCUUGCAAGACGUGCCAGAUGGCCUCUUCUUGGAUUCUGACAUGUAUAAUGCCCUGUGCAAGACGCUGCAGCGAGAUUGCUUGGUGCUACAAAGCUUCAAGAUCAUGGACUAUAGUCUGCUGGUGGCGAUUCACAACAUGGAGCAUGCCCAGAGAGAACGGCUGCCCACUGAAAUGGGCUCUGGAAAUGACACCCGAAAACCAGCCCCACAGAAGGCUCUCUAUUCCACAGCUAUGGAGUCCAUCCAGGGGGAGGCCCGACGGGGUGGCACCAUGGAAUCAGAGGACCAGAUGGGUGGCAUUCCUGCCCGAAACAAUAAAGGGGAUCGACUGCUGCUUUAUAUCGGUAUCAUUGACAUUCUACAGUCUUAUAGGUUCAUGAAGAAGCUGGAACAUUCAUGGAAAGCUCUGGUCCAUGAUGGGGACACGGUGUCAGUGCAUAGGCCGGGUUUCUAUGCCGAGCGUUUCCAUCGAUUCAUGUGCCAUACAGUAUUCAAGAAAAUUCCCUUGAAGCUCUCUCCUUCCAAAAAGAGUCGGAUCAGUUCAUCCCUUCGUCGCAUGGGCCCAGGUGGAAACUCUCUCUCCCCUUCCCAACUGACAGUCCCUGUCUCUGGAGAUAACAAAGCAGAAAUGACAACACAGGUGGAAGUAGAACCAGGUGUCUACUUUCACCGCCCUGAUUUACUCCCCCGAACUCCACCAGUGGACGAGACCAAUAGUGACUCUGCUGCCACCACCCUUUCUACCUCUCCAGGCAGUGAGAAAUUCAACACACCAGCUAACAGGUUCAUGGGUGUGCAGGUUCACCUUCCUGUGGGCUCAAGCUCAGAGAUCCUGAGAAGGGCGAGAAACCUCAGUCUUGAUAGUUCACCUCCCUCAGAAAGAAUUGACGCUGUCGAGUCAGAAUUCAGCUGUGUGAGUGACUGGGAUUUGGGGAGUGAGAAAAAACCCAACAGAGGACCUGGCACUUGGAAUUAGAUUCUUCCAUCAUUGUGGUCCCAAGGUGUCAGCCCCAAUCCCAGCGCUGCUGAGCUCCCCCUUUCCUGGCUAUUGAAAAGGAGAAUAGUAGAGUCUGGGAGAACCUUCUCCCCAAACUCCUGAAGAGGAGCCUCUUCCCCACCCCCAGGAUGGGCAUUAAUUAGUGCCUUAGGCAGUCCGGCAGUGUCAUUGUGUGGAGAGCAUCCCGGAUCCCAAGUUGAGUGGCCCCCAUUCUGCACUUCCUGCUCAGCUUCCAGAGUUGACUUUAGGACUGUGCCCUCUCCAAAACUGAAAGUAGGGCUGGUGGACUAUGCGGUUCUCUUCCGCCUUCCUUGCCUCUUUUUUAGCAGCUGGACUCUGUUCUUUUGCAGCAGGCUGGCUGACCGCCCCAACUGCGGCUCUCUCCUUGCCUUCAGGAGGGGAGGUUCUCUGUAACUUUGCUAAAGGUUUUUUGGAAAGUAGGGGUGUUCCUACCCCCUCCUUGGCUUGGGUUUUCAGAAGCUCCUCACACUCCCUCCCCUUUUCUUUUUUAAAAAAAGAUUUCAAGCCAAUUUCAGAACAAGAAGUUGGACCCUGGCCACCUCAGAGGCCUCAAGCAGUGAGAUGUUCGGGGGAAGGAGUGCGGGCUCCCCAUAAAGAGGAGAAAGGCUGGUAAAGCACAUGUCAGUGACAACUAUGACUCCAGGAGAAUCCUCUUUGCAUCACAUUAUGAGUUUCUCCUGUCUCAAGAAUCUGAGAUACGAGACAAGGGCCUAUACAUCGAUAAACACAAUACUCACUUGGAGUGGCCGUGGGAUAAGUCAGAGAUCUUCUGACCAGGAUCCCUGCUGACUGUCAGGCCACACUGAUUAUUACUCUCUGCGAUUUGAAAUAUUUUCUGGUUGUUUUCCUGAAUAUAAAGACUUAUCAAGUGAAUCUUGUAUCCUUCUUCAAAGGAUUUCCCUCCUUGCUCUUUCUUACCUGUUGCAACAGUGUCUUGUCUGGGGAACUGGGUCAGGAGGGUGGACAGCUUUACGUAUGUAACAGGCAGUCCUCAAUGGUGAGACAGAGGAAUGUAACGUCUCUGGAAUCUGUUCUUGAGUCAUUUGACUUGUGCAGUGGUGCCAUCCCUGCAUCCUCAAGUGAAGAGAGAUUGGGGAGAAGGUACUUUAGACCACUGUUCCCCAAUGACAAGGAGUAAAAGUCUCCACCUUGCCACUCUGGUCUUGUGGGAAUAAUGGGGGCUGGAGUCUCAGGCAGACUGUUGAAUCCCCAUUCCCCUUUUCCCCUUCUUUCCCCCUAUCAGGUUAGUCUGUACCCAAGUAACUGUCUAUAUUAGACACCCCGACCCCCACCUGAAGCCAGUUUCUGGCCUUCUGUCUUUGCUGCCAUUUUUUAAAUAAGAAGGAAACAGAAUUCUUGCUAUUUUUUUCAUGAUUUACUAUUUAUGAAGUAUUUAAGUGUUUUAUUCAGGGCAGAGUUAUUCUCUAGGGGGUGGGAGGGAAACAGAAUAUUGGAGAGAGGUCUGGGUCUCUGUAUGGCAGGUGGAAUUAGAAGGGAAGGGGACUCAACAUUUCUAUGAAGCGUCACUAUCUGCCUCUACUUUGUAUUGUUCAAAAAUGGCAAAUGCAUUAUAAAAUGAUGAGUACCUGGUUUUAAUGUAUUAAAACUUUUCUCAAUUAUUUUAAUCCCUUUUAAAAA